ACUAUAUGCACCAGCCUUCCUGUGACAAGACUCCCACAUUCUGCCUAUACCGUGUCUUUUUAUCCCGAUGCCAUUCCCGCGUCACUAACGACAUCAGAACUAUUAUCACUACUACCGCCUGUCACCAUGGCGUACCGCGACGGCGAUUCCAGCGACGACUCGACGCUCUACUCUCGGGGCAGCAGACACCGCAGACGCCGCUCCUCUCCAUCGGAACGUACCAGGCGACCACGUCGAAGCAGACGCUACGCCUCUCCGCCGCCACGCGCCGAUCCAAAGGGCAGCAGUGGCGGCGGCAGCAGCAGCACGGGCACCUUCAUCAAGCUCGGCCUUGGGGUCGUGUUGGUACAGAUUGUGGCGACGUGCUUUAGCUCUUGGGUCAAAGACAAGCAGGAAGCGACCGAGAAAGAGUAUCGUGACGAGAAGCGCCGCGCAUUUGAAAAGGCCAAAGCGAAGCGACGCCGCGACGAAGAGGAGCACGAAAAGCGCCGUCAGAGAGAAGAGGAUGACGACACCCGCGCGAGCGACUGGGACGAACGGGAGGUGAUUAUUCGAGAAGGCAGAAGACUUGCAUAUGCGCCUGGUGAUGCGGACUCUGCGAGGGAACUCAGCGGAGACCGGGAAGUGCGCAGGAUUGAGCCGGCGCCGGACGAUUAUUACGAUGAUUACGAGGAUGAUGACUACGAGUACAGCGACGAGGAUGAUGACGACUGGGACGAUGUGAGACGACGAAGACGGCGACGAGCUGCCAGUGUGGCGUCGAGGAGUCAAAGUCGAUUUGGUCGGAGGAAGAGUGUAACUGGAAUGAGAGGUUCCAGAAGUCGGAGUCGACCUGCAGAGCGAGUAACUUGAGAUACGCUCCGUAGGGGGCUCGUUCUCCGCACACGGCGUGCUCUAUUGCGAAGCCGAGAAUUGCCAGCAGUCCACUCAGAUAUUCCGAAACGACCUCCAUAAUGACCCCUCUCUGCUCCAGGAGAGUGAGUUAUGCUCAUGAAAGCACUUUGUAUACUCC